AUUUUGAGACACAUAGAAGUCUAUUGUACCACGUGUCAGUAACUUUAUUAAGUUAUAAUAUUAAAAUCUAUUGAAACGUUUCUAUUGGUAAUUAUGCUUUAACUGCUAUAUGUGUCAGGCUGUUCAUAUCUGUUUUUGGUGGUGUUGUGUUGUUGUUGUUUUGCACAGACCAUAUAGGUACUGAGUAGACUACUAUCAAAAAUCUAAAUGUAGAUCUAGAUUAGAGUAAUGCUGUGUAAUAAGUUAUUGUUACAUGUACAUAUCUAACUGACUUUCUUUUCUAUUAAACAUUAACAAUGCAACCUUUGUACUUAAAAAGGCGCGAAAAUGUCUCUUUCUCACGCCCCCUGUUGGAUACUACUGUGGGAAAGUGUUUUACUACGACGCAGUUUCAUUGUUUGUUGUUGCAAUAUUAGGCGGGCCUUGCGUUGUAACGGUAUUUCUGAUUGGACGACCUGUUGCGCGCGAGGCAUUGUGCGCCGAUACACAAAACGCAAUACACACACUUCACUAUUUAUAUAAACGACAUUUUUGUCAAUUUAAGCAUAAAUUCUACCAUCCUUUGUUACAUUAAGAAUAUAUAUUUACUUGCUAAAGAAGUAUUUAUUGAGAAUGUUGUAUGGUUUUAUUGAUAUUAUCUUGUUAUCAUCUGCUACUUUGGACCGCUGAGUCAUCAAAAUCUACUGCGUCAAUAGAAAUACACUCGUGGCGCAAAACAACCAACGGUCGGUAUUGAGUACACAACUAAACUACGUAAUAAGCAGUUUUUAGUCAUUCAAGUCGACAUAACAUUCUGUGAUUCUGAACAGUGAACUUAUACGGAAAGUUUGUUUGUUGGAUUUAUUUCUACGUAAAGAAAGUGGAUUAAAAUGAGUAAAAAGAUAUUCUUGUCGCAGAUCAAGUCCGAGGGGAAAUAUCUGCAGAACAUCACCUCCAAGCAGAUCUCGGACGAGGAGCUGAUAGCCCUGUCAGUUAAGGAUCUCAACCGAAUGCUGAAAGGCAUGACAAGGGACGAGGUCAUCAAACUAAAGCAGCGGCGAAGGACGUUGAAAAACAGGGGGUAUGCUGCAAACUGUCGAGAAAAGAGAAUCUCUCAAAAGGAGGUGCUAGAAACGGAAAAAGAUGUUUUGCGGAAUGAGGUUGAACGUCUUCAGCGUGAAAACGACAUUGUUCGCAUGGAACUGAGCGCACUCAAAAACAGAUACGAUGCUUUACAACGAUUUGCAGAGGCAAACAAAAUUCAUGUGGUCACAGCUCAGCCUUUGUAUCUUGGAAAUUCGAUGCGUCACGAGCGACAGGAACGUCAAGAGCGUCAAGAGACAACCCCAACACAGACCAUCAUGCCCCGCACAAACAUUUCACAGCACUCGUUCAGUCCGAAUGACUAUGUGAAAUAUUCAGAGGCUAUGCACCAUGAAUCAGUUAUUGUGAAAAGUGAGCCUCGGAUGUAGCUCAGAUGCAGUGUGCACAGACUGAGCAUCGUUUCAUCAGAUUCCAUCCAUUGAUCAUAACUCUCUCACCUUGUAACUAAGUCAUGGCCAUUCGUCAAUAGUCAUAUCAAGCAUUUGGUUCCUAUGAUGGGUCACACAAACAAUGUUUGAAGCAUUGAGAUGUGAAUCCGCAACAACGAAAGUGUUCAUUUUGAUAAUCAAACUGGUUGACUGUGAAACAUGAUUUUGAGUGACCUUUUCCUCUAACAUGAUUUUUUUCCCCUGUAUUUAAAUGUGCUCUAUUUAAAAUGUGACUUAAUAUUUUAUACAUGUUUCGUGUGUCUACAUAGCAAGUGCUGAAUUUAUAUGUGAAUAAUUGUUUUAGUUGUUAUAGCAAUGUCUCUUCUUAUUGUUGCAAUAUUUUAAUUUGCAGUUUAUAAAACUUUGCAUAACUGCAGUUUGUAGGCAAAUAAUUGGCCUAGAAAUGUUAAGAAAUUAGUUUAUGAUUUUAAAUAUUAUUGGAAUGUUGUUAUUUGAUUAAGGAAUUUGUUGCUCCUGUAGACUUCAGUAAGUGACUUAAGACAAUAUUAUGAAUAUGUGCUAUUUAUGUACACAUUCCAGGUUUGAAGGGACUUGUUCACAGACUGCUGGGAUGCUUAAUAUACAGUGUUGUUUAUAAAUAAUCAUCUUUUGAAAUUAAUAAAAUUAUAUAUCUGCACAAAUGGGAAAUAACUGAACAAUUUGGAAUGUUUCUUUUGUUUUUGUCAAAUUUGUUACAACAUGUUUGAGUAUUUAAUGUGUGCAAACAUUUCAAGAUCUAGAUAGAUGAAUGCCAAAGACGGCAGCCAUUUAAUCUACAUGUAAAUGACACUGGUUUGAGCUCCUUCUGGCAAACUUUUUUUAUUUUUUUAAAUUAUAUAUAUUUUUUAUGGAGCUGUACAGUUCCAAUGUUAGAAUUUAGCAAGCUAAGGCAUUAACUAAGGAACAUCAAAAAUCCUCCAAUAUGUGAACAAGACCAUUGAAAUGAUAUCAAUAUGUUAACAGGUCUCUAGAAAUGGUACAUUUUUUUUAAUGAGUCUGAAUACAUGUAUAAUUAAACUGGUUAGAAAAAAAUAAUUCUCUAAACCAGGGCCCUCGUUUGGCACUUUUUACCGCCGAAUAUCGGCGGCUUCCACCAUGAAAAAAAGUAUACUUUUUUCCCCUAUUUCAGCUAAAAAUUCCCCCCACCAAAAAAAAAUGAAAAAUUAUAAUUAUUUUUUUUUAUGUCCCCCACUAUAGUAGUGGGGGACAUAUUGUUCUUGCCCUGUCUGUUGGUCUGUCUGUUGGUCUGUCUGUUGGUCUGUCUGUUGGUCUGUUGGUCUGUUUGCGCCAACUUUAACAUUUUGCAAUAACUUUUGUUAUAUUGAAGAUAGCAACUUCAUAUUUGGCAUGCAUGUGUAUCUCAUGAAGCUGCACAUUUUGAGUGGUGAAAGUUCAAGGUCAAGGUCAUCCUUCAAGGUCAGAGGUCAAAUAUAUAUGGCCCAAAUCGCUUAUUUUAUAAAUACUUUUGCAAUAUUGAAGAUAGCAACUUGAUAUUUGGCAUGCAUGUGCAUCUCAUGGAGCUGCACAUUUUCAGUGGUGAAAGGUCAAGGUCAUCCUUCAAGGUCAGAGGUCAAAUAUAUGUGGCCUAAAUCACUUAUUUUAUGAAUACUUUUGCAAUAUUGAAGAUAGCAACCUGAUAUUUGGCAUGCAUGUGUAUCUCAUGGAGCUGCAUAUUUUGAGUGGUGAAAGGUCAAGGUCAUCCUUCACAAGGUCAAGGUCAUCCUUCAAGGUCAAACAUCAUAUAGGGGGACAUUGUGUUUCACAAACACAUCUUGUUUUUCUUACUUUUAUACCUAUGUUGCCAGCUGGUAUCGUGCUACUAACCUUUGAUUAAAUGUUUAUUUAUGUAAAUCACAUUAAAAUAUAGCAAUUUUAGGUGUUGAAUGGUUGGUGAAGAGAUCUUCUAAAAUUCCUCUUUUCGCCCAAAGCUACGCGAAAUUCUCCCCACUAAGGGCCGCGGCCCCAAUCCCACAAAGUGUAGAGAGGGCACUGUAGACUAAGUAAGCUAUAUUUAUGUUUUUAAUGGCAUCAUGUCAUUCUUUUCUAAGAAAAUAGAAUCACUAUUUAACAGUUAAAUAUUGUUACUGUAUCCAAUAACAAUUUAAGCCAGUUUGAGCAAGUUGAUAAAACUUGUUUAGAGUUUUGUCUUUAUAAAUGUGUAAAAAUCUUUAUACAUGUGUGUCUGAAUUACUUAAAACAAAUAUAUUUUUUCUGGUGUUUUAUAUAUAAAUUUCUGUUAAAUAAAACUGAUAAUUCACUAUUUCAAACAGUGAAAAUUAACAGUGAAAGUUAUUGUUAAUUUUCACUGUUUUACUGUGAAAUGUCGUCACUUUUACGAAAUAAUGUCAUUAUUCCAGCGAAAUUCUCCAGUUAAACUAUUUUACAAUGUAAAUAAACGGUAAAAGAGCAUAAAAUAAAAAGAUUUGUAUAGGAUUUCAGUGGAUAUCAAUUCUAAUCCACUUGUGAUCAUAGAAACAAAUCUGCGCCACUCGUGAAAAUCUAAUUUUCUAUGAUCACUAGUUAAUAAAUCCAUAUUCCAUCGAAUCCCCCAAAUAUCCUCUACGUAAAAAGGCGUUUAUAUGACAUUCACUGGUAGUUUCUUCUGUUAAAACAUCAAGUUUUUUGUAAAAAUUAUUGUGUAUUGAAAGAAAAAUUAGCUAAUACUUUCUUCAAUUGCCAGUUUACUGUUAUGUUUUUAAUGAAAUAAGAAUUUCGCAACAAUCAAGAAAAAAAUGCAUGUCUUAAUGUGAUUAAGAAAAUUAUUAUGUUUUCAGUUAUCUACACAUGUAUUUAUGGAUUUGUUUGUGCAAAAUGGAUUCUUAUUUUGUAUUGUUGAAUGAACAAAAGUUUUGUGAAUUUUUCCUCCAUUACUUUAGUUAAACAUUAAUAGAUCAAUACAUUUAAUACAAAAAAAAUAAUUAUUUUAAACAGAUGUUUUAUCACUUGCACAAGCCAGACAACAAUUUGUGACAAUAUGUUUUUGCUUUGUAUUUGGUUGUGAAUGUCUAAAAGAAUGUCUAAUCAAUUAUACUUUCUAAUGCAUUAAGGUUUUGCCCAUUAAAUUAGUAUUUAUAUCCUAAAAGCUUCACUUAUGUAAACAUGAUAGUGACUCAUAGAUUUACAUGGUAAAUCCCCUUCCAAACUGAUUUAUUUCCUUGUAUACUACCUUAAACUGAAUGUACUCAUCAAGGAUGCAAUCACUCAAAAUGGUUGGACUGAAGGUGAGACUUAGGAAGUGAGUAGUAACAUCACUCAGUAAAGCACGCUUUACAUUUCUUACGUAUUAAAUGCUGAUUUGCAGUGCAUUAGUUUAACAAUUCAACUUUAAAAGUUAGAUCAUUCUGUUGAUUUUUUCCUACAGUGUUGAAUUCAGUAUUCUAACUUUGGUUUAGUUUCAGUUUCAUGUCGCUAUUAAUAGACGUAACAAAGUUAAAUGGUAUUUAAAGUACAUGUGUACUUGUGUUUUUUAGGUUUAGUUAUUUUAAGAAGAAAAAACAACACACCUCAUACAUGACAUAGCAAAAGUGUUAUAAUAUUAAAACAUACAUGUAGUUCCACUUGAUUAGACUUUAAGGCUGUUUUCAAACCAUGUGUUUGGGCAUGCAUCUUUGGUAACAUGUGAGUCCUGUUCUAGGAAUACAGGGUUUAAUGCGCAGUUUACUUACUUGUGUAUGUGCUGUAUAUGUAAAGAAGAAUAAGGAUGUGAUCAACAGCUAUAUUUAUAUACCUGAACAAAUUGAAAACAAAAUCAUGGGUUAUGAAAAAGGAAAGUAUUUGAUGACACUAGAUGACCAAAACAUAAGUCUGUGUUGCUAAUAACUGUUUUUGUUUGAUGUUGUAAUAAAACUUAUUUUUUUAUAAAAUAAUUUUAGAAUUGAAAUAAUGGUAUCAUUUUUGUUUUUUAUCAGUCAGUAGACAAGUUUGCCAUUCAGAUGUGAUGCUUUUAACCUAAUCAAGGCUAACACUAAUGUUGCUAAAUUUGUGCCCAUCAGAACUUCAAAUCACUGUCUUUUUACUGAUAAACAACAAUAAAUCAACAAUUAUUUUGAGAAAUAGCAUACAUUUUGAUUAAUGGUUGUGAUUAAGUUUCUAAAUGUUCUCAUAGUUUUAUUAAUUCACAAAGAUUGAAAUAAUUUUGUGUAAAUUGUUUUGUUUUUUUUCUCCCCCAAAUUUUUUUGGGGGGAGCAUAUAGUCGCCGCUUCGUCUGUCCGUGCGUGUGUCCGUCCAUCCGUGCACAAUUCUUGUCCGAGCUAUUUCGCAGUAACUAAUGACCGGAAUUUAAUGAAACUUUAUGGGAAGCUUCACUACCAACAGGAGAUGUGCAUAUUAUCAGCCGGUUAUGGCUGGAUGAUUUUUCACAGAGUUAUGGCCCUUUGAAAUUUUCUAUAAACUGUACAUAAAGUGCAAUUCUUGUCCCCCCAACUACUAGACGUUUCCUUUUAUCUGAAUAUAUAGUGCAAUAUUGUGACAAAAAAAACUUUGGGGAACAUCACCCGUCUCCGACGGUUUCUUGUUUUAUACAGUUUUACAAAUAAGAAUGCAGAAGUGUUUACAGUUAAUAACACAUAAGAAACCGAUAAACUAAACAUGACAUUGACAUGCUGUCUUCUCAAUAGCUGGUGACAAAGAUAAACACAAUAUUUUAAUGUGUACAAUACUUUCAAGCAGUUAACAAAUUUGCUGACAACUGCAAUUUGGUUUAAAGCAGGUAACAUGAUAGCACAAGUCCCUCUACAUGUAUGUUAGAUAAGCUCUGCAUUAGAUCUGCUUAUCACAGCAAAAUGUAUGUAAUAUUCAAGGUGAAGAAUUCGAAAUCUUCAGUUUGAUAAACUCGACCUGUGACAGGUUAUUGCUUUAACCUAGUUACUUCACGGUGCUGAAAUGUAUUUGUCCGUAGUUAUGAUGAAAUUGUAUUUGAAAUCCAUUGAAAUGUUGUCACUGUUCACAAGUAUGUAUAGAGUCCAUUGUGUUAUCAUAUCUUCUUUUUUACUUACAUCAAACAUUACAUUCCAUGGGUUGCAUGUGAUAAGUUCUAUGACUUUACAUUUCACUUGUGUGUUGUUCAUAUUCAACAUAAAUAUGAUAGUAAGUUGUGUCACUUAUAACUUAUAAAGGUUAAUGCAAGUUUUUUGCAUUAAUUACAAAACAAAUUUUCAGUUUUGUUUACCUUCAGUAUUUUUGUUAAAAAGCACAUAAGAGAAAUUAAGUUUUGGAAAUUAAAAUUUACCAACUAUUUUUAUUACAUUGAUCAGUUUUAAUACAGCAGAUUUUGUACAUUUGAAAAGUAACUUAAAUGUAGAGUUAUUAGACUAUAACAGAUAUGCACAGGUAUAAAAAUCCAUUUCAUACAUUGCGUUUCUAGAAUUAGUGUCUAUUGGUACAUACAUAGAUAGCAUUAAGAAAGAAUAUAUGUAUUAACAAGAAUUAAUUCAUUAAUAUUAUGUUGUUUCUAUAGACAAAAAUGUUCAGGAAGAAUAUUAAUUUUAUUUUUAUAUCUUUCUAAGAAUUGUUUUCCAAGACUGAAGUUUCUGAGAAACUCACCUUUAUUGAAGGUUACUCAAGGACACUUGUUGGCUUGCAAUUAGAGAUAAGGGCAAUAUUGGCUUGCAAUUAGAGAUAAGGGCAAUAUAUCCUUGUUUCAUGCAUUGAAAUUUGGAACAGGUGCAGGUAGGGGAUGGGGUGGGGGUGGGGUCAGCUAAAGUUACAACAUUCUUUCAACUGGUACACAUACAUUCCUACUUGGAAAUAACAGCAUGUUUUGUUCCUUUUCUGCUGUUUAAAAAAAUUAACUGCACAAAGAUAGCCAAGUGUAUUCAUUUUCAUUAAGAAUCGAAUGAAUUUAUUAGUGAAUAUGUGAUGAUGAGUCAUUGUUUAACGACAUUUUGCAUGGUCGCUACAAAAACAACCAUGCAAAGCAAUCAAUUGAUAUAUUACAUGUAUACAUUCACUUUAUUUUCAUACUGGUCAUGUUUUAUGUUCAUAUUGACCAUGUUUUAUUGUGGGUGCUAUUUCAAGGACUUGUGUUAUGGACAAAAUUCAUUUUAGUCUCGCUGUGUCAAAACUGGUUAAAUGCAUGUGCAUUUAGUCCCAAAUUAUGUUGAAUACUUUCUGCCUCAAAUGGAUUUUUGCCAAGAAGAAACUUGCUUUAAACAAAAAAAUACAAACAUUGGACAGUGUCUUACCAGAUUUGCCUUUUUGAACUGUAAGUACAUGCAUUAAACUCCGUUUUUGCAGAGCACAGCUCAUUUAUAUAUCUACAUGGUUCAGAUUAUCAUUCCAUUUCACAGUUCGGCUGUUAAUUUGACAGUAACAUUGUUAAAUACCCUGUAAUAUAAGUGAAUAUUUUAUGUUCAUUCUUUAUUUGUAAAUUACAUUUCAUGUAGAGGCAUAAUAAUGACUCAGAUUAUCUUCAGAUAAGCCUGCACAACUGCAGUCUGGCCAGGUCAGCUUUCCUGUCUUUUAAUGAGACUAAAACUUUACAUUAUAAAAGGUACCGUUAUGUUACCAAUUUUUGCUUGACAACACUCAUAUGCAGUUUUGCAACAUGGAAUAACAAGUGGUUAAAGUUAAUUAUAUGCAUAGAAGUGUCCUUAGAAUUGAUUUCAUGUCAUACUUAAAAUGCACUGUGGAUACAUUAUAAAUAUUAAACACCCGAUACAAAACAAAUAAUUUAAUAAUUCAAUUAAUUAAGAUUGUGGUUGAGAUUUUCUUACAAUUACCCAUUAAAUGAUUUCAAUGAUUACAACUGUCUUGAUUUAGUAAUACAUGUAUAUUGAAAGAAACAAUCCAUUUAAUUGUAAAUGGAUAUAUGUUCGAAAAUUCACUUGACAUUAUAAUAAGUUAAAAAAUGUUUUUGUCCAUUAUGUAAUUUUUUAAAUUUUUGUUUCGACGGUGAUGUGUCUAUGUAUUGAUAUGUUAAAUGUUUUAUAUUGUGUGAAUUUUAUGAUGAAUCUAAUAAAAAAAUAUGUGAACAGAA